AUGGCUGCGACUUCGAGCAGGCCUCCGAAGAAGAAAGCCGAUGCAGUGACUUCCACGGCAUCGCAAGAAGCUGCAGAAGCUGCGAGAGGGAGCGCAGGGAAGCUUGCGGAGCAGACUCGAGUCCGCUUGGUUGGCCUGGAAGCCUUCGUGGAUCUCAACGGCCAGCUGGGAACGCUGCUUUCCUUCGAUUCCUCCCGAGGUAGAUGGCAGGUGCGGCUCGACUCUGGGCAGGUGAAGAAUGUGCGGGCGAACAAUCUCGUGAACAUCGCCCAGACUGGCGCACCAGAGGAGAAGCCAGCAAAGGGCGUCAAGCGCGCAGCGGAGGCUCCCUGCUUGAAGCCCCAAGCCACCCCCUUGCGAUCGAAGAGCAAGGCAGCCGUGAAGGUUCUGGAAGCUGCCCCAAAAGCGUUGGUGCAAAGGUCCACCAUCCCAAGACCGAACAGGCCGGCGUUGGGCUCAGACGACUGCAAAGCUUGUCAUGUUCAUGAGGUUGUGCAGUCGACGCCCGUCAGAGUGAAUGAGCCGGGUCCAGAGAAUGACCUUGACCUCGACGCUCUGUCGGCCAGGCUUGACAGUGUUGAGGGCUUGGAAAAAGCUAUUCAGGCCCAUCUCUUCGGAGUGGAGGAGCGAAGCAGAACAAGCUUGGAUAACAAAGUGCAGGAGAUCAUGAGGCUCCUCGAAGAAAUACUGGAGACCGUGAAGUCCAAGACUGCUGCAGAUUUGCAGACCUUGGGAUGCUUGGCUGACUUGGGGAAGCACUUUACCUGGCCCAUUCCAGGCCCCUCCCAAGGCUUCGAAGCGGUGAAGCCGCCAGAGAUCUCCCCGCGGUUUGCGGAACUGCCAUCGCUCCCCUUUGGAAAGUCCGCCGAGUUAGAAGAGGACCCUUGCGUGGAAGAGCCGCGCAAAGAGGAGUCGACGGUCCUGCAAGGCAACACCAACUGGAAAGAAUUUCAAUUGAACCAGGCUUCCAGCAUGGACAAGGUCCUUUCGGUAUCCGUUGGCAAGAAGAUCUACCGAAGGCACUUGUUCAAGCGAGUUAUGUGGUCCUGCUUAGAGGAUGAGAGCUCAUCAAGAAUGGCUUGGUAUUAUGGCUACUGCAUGGACGCUUUCAUCGUGUUCUCCGUUCUCUUGCCCCUCUUUGAAUCUUCUCAAAUUGGCGAGGCAGAUAUGGUUCCGAUGAUGGCUCCCAUGUCGGUCAUCAAUCUGGGAUUUGACGUCAUCUUUCUGAUUGACUUGUGCUUCCGCUUCCUAGCAUGGCCAACCAUGUCGCACUUCCUCUGCAACGCGUACAAUGUGAUCGACAUGUUUGUGCUCCCCUCCUUGGGUAUUCGCGUGGCCCUGGGCGUGAACAUCAGCCCCACCUCACACGUGAUGUGGAGCACGUUGCUUCUUUGUUUUUUCCCGGUCUUAAGGCUCCUGAAGCUUCUGCGGCGAUUUCAGACCUUCCAAGUUCUCCUGAGUGCAUGGUGGGCUGUCUUCGAAGCACUGCCCAUGUUGAUCUUUGUGCUCGCCAUCAUUGCGCUUACCUUUGCUGCAGUCCUCUUUUCUGUUGAGCCUCGGUCCAACAUCGCUGACUGGGGAAGCGCUCUUUGGCUGACUGUGGUGUCCAUGACUGGGCUGGGUUAUGGUGACCUGUCGCCUUGCACACCCGAAGGGAAAGUCUGCGUUUCGAUUCUCAUCAUCACCAGCCUUCUGUACCUUUCCAUUCCAUUCGGAAUUUUGGGCAGUGCCUUCACACUUGCAUGGAGUCAGCGUGAUGCAGUCAUGGCUGUUCGCAAGUUGCGCAAACACCUCGCCAAUCACGGCUUCACAUCGGAAGACAUGCGGAAGCUGCUGCAGCACUUUGACUUGGACCACGACGCAGAGAUUUCGCUUGUGGAGUUUCGCACAAUGAUCAACCAUGUGAUGAUAGGAUUCACAAACGAAGAGGCCAGCGAUUUGUUCGAAAGUCUAGAUUUCCAGCAGCGCGGGCUCAUUCGCGCUGCUUCGUUCCUCACGAUCGUGUUUCCCCGUGAGUUUGAAGAGUGCAAGCAAACCUACGUGCCAGCCCUCAGAAAGAAGCACAGGAGGCUCUUCGUAGCUCUGACGUCUCGGAAUUCCGGUAAGAAGCAAGAAGAGCAGGAAGAGGACGAGGACGCACCGCUCUUCUCCGAUGUCGAGGAGUUGGAGGGUGAAGAGGAGGAGUCCGCCUCCUUCCUCUUGCACCCAGACAGUCCCGUGGAGAGACUCCUCGUGGACCAUGCCACUGGAACUGGCAAGACUCUCAUCAUGCUCCGAAUGCUGGACAAUUACUUCGAUGACCCGCGCCCGAAGGUAGCCAUCUUCCCGAAGCAUGCCGUUUGCGACAACUUCUAUCAGGAGCUGCUGAAGUGGCCGACGCGAUGGCGCCAUUUCUUCUGCUUCCUGAAGCCGGCGGAGGCAUCGCUGGCUAGUGGGGCCAAAGACUGGCGCCGCAAGAAGUUCGAUGUUUGGGAUAUCAACAACGACAAGUCUCGUGCAGAGGCCAAGACACGGGGUGUGCGCCUGGAGAAAAUCAUCCGGGAGCUCACCGACAGUAUUCAGGAGGCCUUGGAGAUGAGACAUGCCAUUCGCGGGGGCAAGGUGACCUCCAGGUUUGCGCGAGGCUUCCUGGAGGAGCACCCUGACGCGCCAAUGCCCAAAGCGCCGCUGCGUGCGUUCAGGUACACCACAGCGGGUGGAGGUGCCUCUGCGCUGGACAGGGAUGGCUGGCCCAAGAGCCCCAUCCUCAAGGUGGGUUUCGAUCCGACGGAGUUGAACCCCUACUCUGGCAAGGUGAUCAUCAUGGACGAGUGCCACAACCUUGUGCGGCCUAACCAAAUGUUCGAGGAGCAGAUCGGCCACCUUCGCCAUCUGCUGCAUUCGGCAACGCGGACCGUCUUGGCCGGGUUCACCGGCACGCCGGUUGGGAACGAGGCAGCCGAAGGCCAGAAGUUGCUGGACGUCAUCAAGGGCCAGGGCGCAGAAUCCCAGAGCAAUGAGGGCUUUCUGUCCUGCUUCCACGCCCGCGCCAGUGACGACUUCCCGCGAGAGGUGCCAGUUCGGGGAAUACCCGACGGCGUGCUUCACGACGACAUGCUCCAGGACCUCACCAAGAAGCACUCAUUGCAUGGUGAGGCCUUGAAGCGCUACCUCCUGAAGGAAGUGGAGUUCAAGGUGACGCCGCGCUUACUGCAUCUCUCCGAGGAGCAACGCCUGGCUCGGCUCGCGAGUUACUGCAACCUUCACAUCUUCCAUGGUGCUUACUUUGGAGCAAAGAGAACAAGCCUGUUGGCCAACGUGAAGGAUCAUGCACCGAAGUUCUACGGCGUGGCAAAGACCAUAGCCAGGGCCAAGGAGAAGGCAGUCAUCAUGCUGUCGCGACAGUCUGGCUACAAGGUCCUGCUGGAGAUUCUCCGAAAAACGGGGCGAAAGCACGGAUUCAAAGUGGCCACCCUCCAGGAGUUGAGUGAUUUCAACGAUGCACGCCGAAACCUGCGUGGCGAGCGCUUCCGUGUCCUCGUGGCCGAAACCUCUCAGGCGGGCGAGGGCAUCCAGUUCAAGCAUGUGCGGCGGCUGCAUCUGGUUGAGGUGCCGGCGAGGCACUCCGACCUGGUGCAGCGCGCCUCGCGCUGUGUCCGCAUGGGUGGCCAUGAGGGGCUGCCCCCAGAGGAGAGGGAACUCGCCAUCGAGGUUCAUCUCGUGCAGCUGCCGAGCUUUCUCAAGAAGGGGCCAAGCUCUUUCAUCUACCGGGAGCUACUCAAUGCGCGAGAGGUCAUGUCCAUUCCCGGGGCGAAGUUGGAGGCUGCCACAAGUGCAUGCGCCCGACAGCUCAAGAAGCACAGUGUGAAGACCCUGGCGGACUUUCGCCGAGUGCUUCAGGGCGACGAAGGAAAGAAGCUGAUCGAGCUGCUGACAGAGACGGUGCUCGAGAUCGUCGGCAGAACCAACUCUGCGCCUGCUCGGCCGCUGGCCGUGUCCAUGUGGCAGCUUCGAAAGCGGGAUGACGACUUGGUGUCGUUGGAAAGAAAUCUGCUGAAGAAGGCCACGGUGAAAGCAGCGGACGAUUUGUUGCUGGACCGGCUUCUGGACAAGAGCGUGGAGCUGCUGGAGCCGCUUGAGGCCAUGCGCCUGACAGCUGUAGACCGAUCCCUCCUCGCCGCCCUUGGGGACCCGCCGAAGGCGCCACCUCCAAGGGCACGCUCAGCCACAGAGCAGGCUGUGGAAGCCGAGGAGGAUGAAGACGAAGACGACGAGAAGCAGGAUGUCGAAGAGGAUGAGCAAGACAUGCUGGCAGAGGGCCUUGACGUUGAGGAGUCGGAGGGGCCGGCAUGA